AAUGGCGUGAAGAGAAGGGGACAAAUAGAAAACGCUUGAAAAAAAAUUGAUGAUAAAAAGGCGAGAAAGAAAGAGAGAAAAGUGUGAAGAGAAGAGGAGGACGCAAAUUACAUGAGAAACAGAGUAGAAGAGGAAACUCCUACUCCUCUUCCUCAUUAUUCUCUUCUUCUCUUCUUCUUUCCUCAUGGAAGAUACCUUCGUUUCCCACUGGACCCUUAUCAGAUCUCUAUUGUCUAUCCUUCAAUGGUGGUCUUUUAAUGUCACCGUUAUCAUCGUCAAUAAGUGGAUCUUCCAGAAAUUGGAUUUCAAGUUUCCCCUAUCAGUAUCCUGUGUCCACUUUAUCUGCUCAGCCAUUGGAGGAUAUGUAGUAAUUAAGGUGCUGAAGCUUAAACCACUGAUAACUGUUAACCCUGAAGAUCACUUGAAAAGAAUCUUCCCAAUGUCAUUUGUGUUCUGUAUUAACAUAGUGCUGGGGAAUGUGAGCCUACGAUACAUUCCAGUUUCUUUUAUGCAGACAAUAAAGUCAUUCACACCUGCAACCACAGUUGUUUUGCAAUGGCUAGUGUGGAGGAAGUAUUUUGACUGGCGUAUUUGGGCUUCUCUUAUACCUAUUGUUGGAGGGAUUCUUCUUACAUCUGUAACAGAGAUGAGCUUUAAUAUGUUUGGAUUUUGUGCCGCCUUACUGGGCUGUUUGGCUACAUCUACAAAAACUAUCCUUGCAGAAUCUCUUCUGCACGGAUACAAAUUUGACAGCAUAAACACGGUUUAUUACAUGGCACCUUAUGCGACCAUGAUCUUGGUUCUUCCUGCAUUGUUACUAGAAGGAAAUGGAGUUCUUGAAUGGCUAAAUAUUCAUCCAUAUCCGUGGUCGGCCCUCAUCAUUAUUUUUAGUUCCGGAGUGUUUGCUUUCUGUCUUAACUUCUCCAUUUUUUAUGUGAUCCACUCCACCACUGCUGUAACAUUUAACGUUGCUGGGAACCUUAAGGUUGCUGUUGCUGUCCUUGUAUCUUGGCUGAUAUUUAGGAACCCAAUUUCAUAUUUAAACGCUGUUGGGUGUGCCAUAACUCUUGUGGGCUGUACAUUCUAUGGUUAUGUUAGGCACAUGCUCUCCCAACAGCCACCAGUUCCGGGAACUCCUCGGACUCCAAGAACCCCUCGGAGUAAGAUGGAGUUGCUUCCACUUGUAAAUGAUAAAUUAGAAAAUAAGGUAUAAGAGGUUAUAGCAAUAGUUAUUAAAAUAUUGAAGUGAGGUUGGCUAUUUAAUAAGUUAGAAUCCCAAAAAAAUCAAUACAAGUUCUUUUAUGUUCCUUUAACCCUCCAUCUUUGUCAAUUGUCUUUUUGUCUAGCAUAGAGUUAUGGAUUGUAGCCCACGGGCGAAGAUUGUUACUAAUUGUUUUUAUUGUAAUUGCAAAUGAAUUGGACUUACCUAAAUCUAACAUUAUUUAUUAUUUUUAACA